GAGAUAUUUGAAAGUCAGGGACACCCUUGAGCUAUCGCUAUUUUCAUUUUCUUGGGGUGAAUUGAAUUUGAGACUUUGGUUAGGCUAGUACUAAAUUUUCACUCCAUACACAGCAACACGUGGAGAAUAUAAUUAGAAUGAUAACAUGGCGCUGAAGAGGAAUUUAAUGAAUUUCGUGCGCACCAGAAAGGAGCCGCGUGUGAUAUCUUCAAAACUCAACUUACCAGAGUCCACCUACAACACUGAUUUUCUGUGCGAUCCUAGAAAUAGCGAGACAAUUGCCCUGAACAUAAAGCAUAGGAAGGGAAUCGGUGAUGUCAAUAAAAUUUUUCAUCUCUCGAAAAAUGCAGGAGUAGAUUCAGCAGCGAAAAUUGAACUGGCAAGAGAGCUAAACAAAAUCCCAAACAUCACAUUCCCCGAGGUGCUGGAGUACGGAACCGAGGGAAAAGUUGUAAAAGAUUUUGCGCCUGUGAAAUUGGAGGAUUUCAAAGGGAACUGGCCAAGACCCUUCAUGGAACUGGCCAGAUCCUUGAAAGUUGUGCGAAUGGAGGAUUUGGGCCCGAUAGCUGGGGAUAAAAGCUACAUGCUCCUGGGUGAUCUUGCCCAGAUGGAGGAGGCACUCAUCCAAUUCACCAUUCGCAGACUCAUGGGUUACGGCUUCAAACUAAUUUCUGUACCAGAUAUCCUGCCCACUCAGGUCAUUGAAAAAUGUGGAAUGGUCGUGGAUGGCGAGAGGACUCUUGUUUAUUCUCUUGGCAAUUUUUACGGGGAUGAUCUCAGUCUUUCGGGGACUGCGGAGAUGGCUUUGGCGACGAAACUCAUUAAUUCAAAUUGGCAGCUCGAAAAACUGCCACUCAGGCUGGCAGCUGUCAGCCGCUGUUUCAGGGCGGAAAUAUCAAAUUCUGCUGAGGAACAGGGAAUUUAUAGGGUUCAUCAAUUUACGAAAGUAGAAAUGUUCGCAUGCACAAGUGAAAAUGAUUCAGACGAAAAUUUCAUGGAGUUGACUAAAAUUCAGGAGCAAUUGUUCACAGAAUUGGGGUUGCCCUUCAAAAUUAUUGACAUGCCCUCCCACGAGUUGGGAGCUCCGGCUUAUCGGAAAUUUGACAUUGAGGGCUGGUUACCAGGUCGCAAAGCCUUCGGUGAACUAUCGAGCUGCAGCAAUUGCACGGAUUACCAAUCCCGAAGACUCAAUAUAAAAUAUCAAACCAGCAAAGGGGAAUCGAGGUACGUCCACACGUUGAAUGGAACAGCGUGUGCCAUCCCUCGCACUCUGAUAGCCAUCUGCGAGAAUUUCCAAACGAAAGACGGGGAAAUUCAAGUUCCCGAUAAACUCGUGCCCUUCAUGAAUGGAAAAACUAUCAUAGGGAAGCAAAAAAUUGCCGAUAUGAGAGACUACAAAUACAAAGCCAAAUAGACGAUGAAUUGAAUAGUGAAGUGGUGAAAUGAGAUAAAUGGAAUAUUCCAAUGCUCUUACCUAUUUUCAUCUUUGAAAACUAUUGAUUUCAGGAGGAAAUAUGAAAAGACCUUUCCUCUCGGGAAUGUAAUGAGCUACAAAAAAGUCCUCUGCUAUUUCCAGCCUCAAUUGAUAGCUUUCAACAUAAAUCAACAUAAUUAAGAAAAGUGUCAAUGAUCAUCCAAUAAAAAUAAUUACUCAGAAUAACACAUUGAGUGAGCGCAUUAAAAAUUUUCUGUAUAUAUUUUGUAGCCGAGUUUAUAAAAGUAUAGCACAAAAUAGUUUUCUCAUUAUAAUCAUCAUUAUCAUCGAAGCGAUACAAUUCCAGUGAGAAAUUUACAAUAAAUAUUGACGCGGGAAGAUGAUGGUCUCACACCUGUUCGCUCGUAAUCAAUUUAGUCCUCGAUUUUGUAAAUUGAUUUAAUUUAUUACCCAUGUAUGUAUACAAUUUCAGUUGUUAUCUCCAUUUGUUUUUAUUGUUCACAGUGUAUUCUGCUAGGGAAUCGUGCAAUUGUACAAUUGGCAUUAUUUUCUAUUUACUCAUUUAUUUUUCAUAUUCAUUUUUUUUACUCUGUAAUUAGUUCACCCAUCACCCAUGCAUACUUGUCAAUGAUUUGUGUCGAUUUUCCUUAUGCCAUUGCUCACCGAAACUGAUUUGGACAGGUUUAGCUCAAUGUUCUUUGUCACAUUUUUUUUACGCUUCUCAUCGAAAUAUGCACUCUUGAUGUACCUAGAGAGAGGAGAAUGUUGAAAAAAAAAUUGAAAAAUGAA